UUUGGAAAUCCCUUUUAUUAUCGCGUUAGGGCGAAGCCCUAUGUAGACAUGAUCGCUCGGGGUACUGUACUGGUAUGGUAAGUCAGAAUGUGAGGUCGACUGGAACAUUGAGGACCGAAGGGGCAUUGAUCGGGUAACACGCUGGCCCCUGGGUCAGCCUCGCUGUGCGCCGCAUUCUGUAGUCUUUGACUGACUGUAGAGAUGUCCGUGUCAGCCAUGGUCUCUUUCCCGAGUCGCAGACCGAAUACUACCAGUCAUCUUCGUCGCCCGCACCAUGUACACCAUGAAGUUCCCACUAAUCUGUGCAGCUGCGGCAUCUUCAUUGUCGCUGCUGCCAACCAUCUGGGCCGGCUCGUAUAGUGUCAACCAGACGAACAUUGGUUCGGCUUUCCUGACAAACUUCGAAUGGGAAGACAUCGCGGAUCCUACCAAAGGCCGAGUGCACUACGUCAAUCAGUCGAUUGCACUAGCCAAGAACCUCACAUUCACCUCUGACGACACAUUCAUCAUGCGGGCCGACUACACCACGAACUUGACAGCCAGUGGCUCCGGGCGGAUGAGCAACCGCAUCAAGAGCUAUGCGCAGUACCGGACACACGUCGUCGUAUUCGACAUUCGCCAUAUGCCGCAGGGUUGUGGAACCUGGCCUGCGGUGUGGGAGGCUGACGACCAGGUCGGCACGAGCUCGGGAGAGGUCGACAUCCUGGAGGGCGUCAACGACGUCGCGCCAAACAGCGUCACUCUCCACACGACGGGAACUUGUACAAUGCCCGAGAACAGGACUCAACUGGGUUCCACGCUCUCGACGAACUGCAGCUCGUCGGAUACGCUUUCAGAUGGGAAUAACGGGUGUUCAGUCGAUGCCCCGUAUACUGCCUCGUACGGCAAGGUCUUCAACACGUACGGUGGUGGCUACUACGCCAUGGAGCGCACGGCGGCGUAUAUCCGCGUUUGGUUUUGGUCGCGCAAUGAUAGCAGCAUACCGUCGGACAUCACGUCCGGAGCGUCUUCGGUUGACACCGAUAACUGGGGACAACCAAUCGCUUUCUUCCCCGACACGGACUGCGACAUCGGAUCUGUUUUCAAACGCAAUAACAUCAUUAUCGAUCUGACCUUCUGUGGUAGUUGGGCCGGAAGCUCGUAUAGCAACAACGGCUGUCCUGGGAACUGCACCGAUUACGUGAAUUACAACCCAUCGGCAUUCGAGGACGCAUACUGGGACUUUGCUGCCAUCAGAGUCUAUCAGCCUUCAAACUCAAGUUCGAUGAGCAGUGCCCCACCGCUGAUCACUGGCGGACACGAAGGUCGUCUUGUGGCUGUCUAUGCUACGCUGCUUGCAGGUGUGGUGUUCACGAUACUGUAGUUAACAUUCCACGCUCCUAUGCAUCCUCUGGCGGUGGCACUGUCAUGUAAUACAUCAAUAGAUCAGGAGAUAAAACCAACCUACUACUCUACAACAUCACGCCAAGCUACACCCUCGUCUGAUACUUGUCUGAGUAUGGACACAAUGAACGCCCAAAGCCCACAUCCUAUACGCUCAUCUUCAUCGCGAUGGGUGGGUGCGGCUCGUAUCCCUCCACCAGUACAUCCUCCGCCUGGAAGUCAUCAAUAUCCUGCACCUCCCGCUUGAACCGCAGCUUCGGGAAUGCACGCGGGCUA